UUCUCACGCAACACCCUGUCCCAUCUGAGCCCAGCCUUAAAGGAAUGGCUGUGUGCCUUCUCCAGGGACGUGCCCAGAGUGGACAAAUCAUGCUAAUUGUCUGGGAGAGAAACAAAGUGUUAGACCCAAGAUGAAGGCAGAGAGGGAGGCUCUCUCAAAAGCUCUAGCCGCUCCUCGACUUUUGCUACUCUGGUGUCUCCAUGUUUUGUGCCUGUCAGGCCGUGUUGAAGGGGUCAACAUCACCAGCCCAGGCUCCCUGAUCCGGGGAAUUUUAGGGGGGGAAGCUCUCCUCUCUGUCCGCUACAGCAGCAUCAGCCUUGACCCACCUGUUAUCAAGUGGCAGCUGAAGAGGGAUAAGCCCGUAACAGUGGUUCAGUCAAUUGGUACCGAGAUCAUCGGUAACCUGCGGCCAGAUUACCGGGACCGCAUCCUUGUGUUUGAGAAUGGCACCUUGCUCCUCCACAACCUCAAGCUGUCAGAUGAAGGCACCUAUGAGGUGGAAAUUUCCAUCACAGACGACAGCUUCACCGGAGAGGGCAGUAUUGAGCUUACCGUUGAUGAGCCCAUAUCCAGACCAUAUGUCCAUAUGGAAGCGUCCUCUGUUCUGGAACUCAGUGAGCACUUCAUCCUAAACUGCUCCCAUGACAAUGGAACCAAGACUACAUACAGCUGGUUGAAAGGCGGGAAACCGAUGACCAAUGAGACACGGUUGUUGCUGUCACCUUACCAGAAGUACUUGACUAUUAAACGUGUGCUAAUGGUGGAUGAUGACAUCUAUAGCUGUGCAGUGGAGAACCCCAUAGGCAGCAUGAAGAGCCUGCCUAUCAAACUGACUGUGUACAGAAGGAGCUCCCUCUACAUCAUUCUCUCCACCGGGGGCAUUUUCCUUCUCAUCACCCUGGUGACCGUGUGUGCUUGCUGGAAGCCCUCAAAAAAGCCAAAACAUCCUAUUAGAAAGCCUCUAUCAAGAUCAUUUCACACUCACUCUGAUCAUUUUCUAAUCAAUCAUGCAGUUGAUGUGGUACCAAUAAUGACGGAGCAGAAACGCAAGAAUCCAGUGGCUCUCUACAUCCUUAAAGAAGAUUCCCCCAAGGGUGAACAUGACUCACUCAACAACAUGGGCUCCUCUCCUGAACUUAGCAGUCCCCCUAGCUACAGCAGCUCGCAGCUCCCCUCCUCUCGGUCCCCCGAACCCCCUGCCCGCUCAUCUCGCAGGUAUCCCCGCACCACAGCCAGCUCCCCCCCUUCACAUCACAACAAGGUGCAGGGCAAGUCCACCCCCUCCCCACCUCGUACCCGCAGCUCCGGGCGCAUAUUCCGCUACCCAGAAGUUGUACCUUCUGUCCUUCCUUUGGAAAAGCCUGCCCACACACUGGAGGCCAAUGGUACAGCUCAGACCUGAUUGCUAUGCACUCCCUCCAGUCAUACAUUGUUUUUGCAUAGGGAUGUGUGAUUUCUCUUUUUGCACAUGGGUCACAUCACACAACAGCAGACCAUAUGUUUUUAUGAAAGAAAACACAUCCAAAACAUUAAAUUAUAAAAAUAACACAGGAUGUAGUUGUCCUUCCUUGUGGUAUAGUACAUUUACACUUCAGGUUUUAGUACAGAAUCAGAACUAGUCCAGCUUCCAUUACAGCUUCAAUGAAAUUUCACAUUCCUGUGUGAAUGUAUUUUACAUCUUUACACAUUUAUAUCUGCUUUUUGUCGAAAUGGCAUUGUGUAGCUGUUUUGUAAUUUAACCAAUCAUGUAUGUUCAUGGUACCAUAGUUCAAUAAUGAUUGGACGCUAUUUUACCAAGGAUUUACUGAGAAUUGUAUGUUCUCUUCUUUGUAUAGAUUACUUAAGUGAUCACGAAAAUCAAAAGAUGAACUGUACAUAUCAGUAGUUGACUU